CUUACAUUAUAAAAAAAGGUGCAACGCACUUAAGAAUUACUUAUUUUGCGAAACUAGCAACUAACUCAGUUCGCGUUCCACAAUGUUUCGGAAAAGUUUGAUAUUAACAACAUUUUUAACUGUUGUAAAAUUGUGGGAUUUAUCAGAACACGGCUUCGACAACAAUUACUACACGUCAUCAAUAGCAAUAUACAGAAAUCGAGCCUUUUUAACUUUACCUAGAACCAUUUGCAACCUAAACCGUAGCCUACCCACCUUAGUAGAGGUACCGUGGACAGAAGAUGUCAUCACAAACUUAUUAAGUCCAUUCGUGCUCAGAAAGAAAUUAGACAUUGUGGGUCAGAACUGGGGAAAUUGUAAGCAAUUACAGGACGCCAUUUCUUUAGAUGUUGAACCGAAGAAACCAAAUCUGUGGGUUUUGGAUAAAGGAAAUGAUAUGUGUCCCGCCAAAUUAGUAUACUAUAAUCUAUUUCUCAAUUCAGUUCAACAAACUUGUGUUUUAACAGGAGUAGCAAGAAAUAAUCUCAAUACAAUAACAAUAGAUCCCCAAACAACAGAAGGUGUUAAAGCGUAUAUUGGAGAUGCAGGAAAUAAUAUUUUGUUAGUUGUGUCAUUACAGGAAUUUAAAUGGUGGAGGUUAAAUUUAUUAGAGAAGUCUGAACCUUAUAUGCUUGUUUCAAGUUCAUUUUUAGCAAUUUCUAAAUCAUCUCCAGUCUUAUUUAUGACAGGUUGGAAUAGCACUGAAGUUUUCGCUUUAGAUCUGGAUCAGUUGAGGAAAGAUGAAGGGCCUUUAAUUAUCGAAUCGAGAACAACUGUUACAGAAUAUUAUGUAACAUAUAUGGGAAAUAAGUUGGGAGUAUCUAGAGGAUUAGAGACGGACCAAAAAAAUGGUUUAAACUAUUAUUUAUUGCGUGAUUUUGCUGUUGCACAAUGGAACAUCAACAAAGCGAUGAUCGCAGAAAAUCAUAAUAUUCUAUUGCAAUCAUUCGAGAAGCUUCCGUAUGUGUCGCAAAUUUUUAACGAUCAACAGGGAAUUUGGGCCCUAGUAAAUCCAAUCGAUCCAGAUUUGUGUGGCUCUGAUUUUGACGCGGAAGAUUUUGGAAACGUAACCGCAAGAAUUGUUAAAUUAGUUAGAUACAAUAAAUUUUUGUUAUGAUCAAGGUUGGAUUUUUGUGGUUUCGUGUCAUAAAUUUGAUUGGAUAUCUUGAGGGCAGAACUAUCUGUUACUGGAAUUAUAAUAUGAAUUAAAUAAUUAUUAUAAUAUAAAUAAAUUACGAUCUCUUAAGAGUCGUUGUUAAGUGUAGGUACUUGAAUGAGUUGACAUUUAAACAGUUAAACAUACAUUACAGAAUUGCUCAACUGUAUUAUUUUCCCAUUGUCAAUAAAGAUGCGAUGUGUA